UUGAGAGACAUGAAAUAUCAGCAUAACCAACAUUUCAGCCACCAUCAUAUUUUGAAAAAACUUGUUCUUGAUGACAGUGAGGAACUUCAAUGCCAAGCCUGCGAGCAACCCAUACUUGAGCCCUUUCAUGGCUGCAUCUCUUGCAAUUUCUACCUCCAUGACAAAUGCCUCAACGCGCCCCGUUCUCUAGUGCACCCUUCUCACCAUUCUCACCCUUUAACCCUUCUUCCAACUCCCACUUAUUCGAGCCGAUCUUUUACUUGUAAUGCCUGUGGAUCUGAAGGAAGAUCGUGUAGUUUAAGUUGUGCUCAUUGCGAGUUUGAUUUGCACGUGCAAUGUGCCCUUUUGCCUCGAACUGUCUUACUUGGCCAACAUGACCAACAUGAACUUAAACUUAUAUUUGAUUCCCCUGUUGAUCAUGAGGACAAAAGCACCAUUUUUGUUUGUGAUCUGUGUCAUGGCAAGACAGAACAGAAUUAUUGGUUGUAUUAUUGUGCUGAAUGUGAUUUUGGAACACAUGUCGAAUGUGGCAUUUCCAAAUAUGUGAACAAACCAAAAGAAAAUGCGGUGAUCCUAGAACCAAAGGAAGAACCGGUCAUUAGCAUACCAACAAAAAGUUCAGUCAGGAAAACAGAGAAAAAAUCAGCCAAGAAUCCUAAAGAAAAUCCCAAAAUGAGGCCAGUAACAGAAAAUUCAGCAGAUACACCAGAAGAAAAUAAAGAAGGAGAAGAAAAUGCAGUGAUCAUGAAACCAAACAAUGAACCAGUCACUAGUACGCCAAGAAAAGGUCGAGUUAGGAAACCAGAGAAAAAAUCAGCAAAGAAUCCCAAAAUGAAGACAGUAUCACGAGAUGAAAAACUUGCAGAAAGUUCAGCAGACAAAUCACCAGAAGAAUAUGAAGAAGGAGAAGAAAAUGCAGGGAUCCUGAAACCAAAGGAAGAACCAAUCAAGACAACAAUUAAUGAACAAGUAAUUAGUGCACCAACAAAGAGUCCAGUUAGGAAAACAAAGAAAAAACCAGCCCAGAAUCCCAAAAUGAAGCCAGUAUCGGAAUUGGUGCCAGACGAAAACUCAGCAGACAAAUUACCAGAAGAAGGAGAAGAAGAGGAAUCGUCAGAAAUAUCAAAUUAUGAAGCACAGCGCAGAUUGAAGGAAGAACAUAUGGAACACAUGCUCAUGCUUCAAGCUCUGGAUAAUGCUGCAAGCUACAUUGGCCCCUCACGGGAUUAUUACUAUUAUUAAUGAAGAUGAACGUUCAGUAAUCAUGCCAAAACAGGAUUUCCCUUUAUUUGAAUAUUGGAAUUACAUGUUGCUUUGUAUUGAAUAUUGGAAUUAUAUGUUGUUUUGUAGUGUUAUUUCCUCUGUUUGAAUGGUG